ACAGAUGGAGAUAAAGCUAUGCGUGAGGCAAUUAAGGUAGUGUUUCCAAAUUCAACCCACAGGCUUUGUGGAUGGCACAUUCAGCAAAAUGCAGUUAAGAAAAUUCAUUUGCCUAAAUUCUUAGAUGACUUUGACUAUUUGAUCUUUGGUAAUUUCAGUCCUCAGCGGUUUGAAUCAAAGUGGGAGAGUAUGAUUGAAAAGUAUGAUCUUCGUGAGGACAAAUGGAUUAAACAAAUGUAUGAAACAAAGGAGAUGUGGGCAACUGCAUUUAUGAGAGAGAGAUUUUUUGCUGGAAUUAGGACUACCUCGCUAUGCGAAGGUAUCAACUCUUUCAUUAAGAAGUAUGUGACGUGCAAAAAUAGUAUGCUGGAUUUCAUUUAUAAUUUUGAGAGAGCUGUGGAAGAGUAUAGGCACAAUGAGUUAGCCUCUGACUUUAGGUCAUGUUAUGGGGAGCCUGUGUUAACCACUGCUUUGAGUGGCAUUGAACAAGGAGCUGCUAAACUGUUGACCAGAAAUAUGUUUAGGGAAGUUAGACAUGUCAUGGAACAAGCUUUGAGCCUUAACCUUGUUGAACGGUCCGAGGUGUGCAACACAGUAAUGAUAAAGCUGAGUGUAUGUGGCAGAUCCAGUUCUCAAUUCUUGGUUGUUUAUGAUAAGAAUCAGAGCACAUUUGAGUGUGAUUGUGGGCUAUCUGAUUUUAAGGGCAUUCCUUGUUCUCACAUCAUAUGUGCUAUGAGGAUUGAGGACUUCACCACAUUUCCUGCAUCUCUUGUUUCCAACCGGUGGUUGAAGACUGCGAAGGUGGAUUACAUACACACAAUACCCUCCAUUGAGCUUGAUUCUGAAAAAGUGAAAUUGUUGCGUAGAGGUGCCAUUUCUGCUGCAUGCAAUUUUCUUAGUGAAUAUGCCGCUGAUGAUGCUACAGAUUUUUCAGCCGUAAUUGAGGAUAUAUACAAACUGGUCUCGAAAGUUCAGAAACGUCGUCAUCCGAAAUCUACUGAAGGUAAUUUAUUUGUGAUUCGUGACCCAGCUGUCGUGAGAACCCGAGGUGCACGAAAGAAGUUGAAGACUAAGAAGAAGAAAAGACUCUGUUCUAAUUGCAGAAAGAGUGGCCACACAAUCCGGACAUGUCCUACAUUGUUUGAGGGAGUCGGAGAUGAUGAAGUAGAUGAAGGAGAUUCAUCUGUUGAGCUGGAUGAUGAUAGCAUUAAUGAAAAUACUGUGGUGUCAUUAGCAGGAGGAGAUAAUGGAGGUUCUACUUCAAGGCAAAUAGGCACAGCCAAAAGAAAGGUUGGAGAUAAUGGCAAUGUUGGUAGUGUUCAAGGUAAUGAACGCGAUGUUUUAUCACCGUCAGCUGGUCCACAAAUUGAUGCUGCAGGUCCUACGCUGAAUUUUGGGGACGGAAUGAAUAUGUUCCCUCAAUUUCCCCCACCUAGCCAGAUUUUCCAUUCGUUCCCGCCAUAUUCUUCUUUCCCUUCUUCCAGUGGAAGUCAGCAGUUUUUGUCCACUAUUCAUGAGGUUGAGAGGAGAGCAAAGAUGGCAAAGAGGGAUUAGUUUUGUCCAAAUUACUGAUAUUGCAAUGACUUAUGUUAACUUCAAAAAGCAAUGACUUAUGUUUACCAUAUUUUGCAUUAUGUCAUGUUUAAAUGGGGCUUUGUUUAUGUCCUGGAUGAUUUUGACUUAUGGUGGUAUUAGACAAUCAUUUUCCUUGAAUCAUGUUGCAUUUUUUUUUGAACGAAUUGAAUC